UCAGUGUGUCUUAGAUUUGCAGGUAGGUUGGGUGAAGGAGCUCAGUUGCAAACUGGCUUUGAGCACUGUCACACUGACACGCACAUCCUGAGAGACCCUGCACCGGUUCUUAGAUAGAACCUGUGGGCAGCCACUGAAGAGCCACUUCUCUUAGGGGGGACAGACUACAAUCACCCGCCAAGAUGUGUGAUAUUGGGGGACUGGACAACUUGGUGGCCAACACGGCUUACCUAAAGGCCCAGGGUGGAGAUGACAAAGAGAUGAAAAAGCGUCGUCGCAGCUUGUCUCUGCCCAAGCCUGAGCAAUGUGCUGCAGUAAGAUCUUCUAUUGAUAAGGAUUAUGCAUCUCUCUGUGAAAAGCAGCCGAUUGGCAAAAAGAUUUUCCGUCAGUUCCUUGCAAAUAACGCUGAGUACAAGCUUGCAGCUGAUUUCUUGGAUGACAUCUAUGACUGGGAUCUGGCUGAAGGGGCAGCAAAAAACAAGCAACGCCAAGAUAUCAUGAACAAGUACUGCAAGGCUGGUUCCAAAAGCUACUUGACCUUUCUCACUGGGGAAGCUGCUGAGAAAUGCAAGGCUGUGACAGAUGCCAACUUUGAAGAGGUGAUGAAAGGCAAAAUCCAAGAAGGUACAAGAGAAUUUCUGAAAGGCAAACCUUUUACAGAUUAUCAGGCCAGCCCAUUUUUUGAUAAGUUCCUUCAAUGGAAAGAGUUUGAGAAGCAGCCCAUCAGUGACAAAUACUUCUACGAGUUCAGAACUCUGGGUAAAGGAGGUUUUGGAGAGGUAUGUGCUGUUCAGGUGAAAAACACAGGUCAGAUGUACGCCUGUAAGAAGUUGUGUAAAAAGCGACUGAAGAAGAAGGGUGGUGAGAAAAUGGCUCUGCUGGAAAAGAAGAUCUUGGAGAAGGUGAACAGCCUGUUUCUGGUCAACUUGGGCUAUGCUUAUGACACCAAGACCCACCUGUGCCUUGUCAUGACCCUGAUGAAUGGAGGAGACCUCAAGUACCACAUUUACAACAUGGGCUACGAUGGCAAAGGUGUGGACAAAGGCAUCGAGAUGAAGCGUAUCAUCCACUACACAGCACAGAUCACCACUGGCAUCCUGCAUCUGCACGAAAUGGAUAUCGUUUACCGUGAUAUGAAGCCAGAGAAUGUGUUGCUGGAUAGUCAAGGCCAGUGUCGACUGUCAGAUUUGGGUCUAGCCAUAGAGCUGGCUCCAGGGAAGACCGUCACUCAGAUGGCUGGUACCGGAGCCUAUAUGGCCCCAGAGAUCCUGAGCAAAACCCCCUACAGGACAUCAGUGGACUGGUGGGCCUUGGGGUGCAGUAUCUACGAGAUGGUGGCAGGUUAUACACCUUUCAAAGGCCCUGACAGCCAGAAGCAGAAGGUGGAGAAGGACGAGGUUCAGCGUCGUAUCCUGAACGAGGAACCCAAGUGGGAACACAGGUGCUUUGAUGCCACAACAAAAGACAUCAUCCAGCUGUUCCUCAAGAAGAAGAUUGAAGAACGUCUGGGCAUGAGGAACAACAUGGAAGAUCCCAGGAAGCAUGAGUGGUUCAAGACCAUCAACUUCCCCCGUCUGGAGGCUGGGCUUGUGCCUCCCCCAUGGGUGCCCAAACCAAACGUUGUCUACGCCAAGGACACCGGCGACAUUGCUGAGUUCUCCGAGAUCAAGGGCAUCGUGUUUGACGCCAAUGACGACAAGUUCUUCAAGGAGUUUAGCACCGGCGCUGUGCCCAUCCAGUGGCAGGCAGAGAUGCUUGAAACCGGACUGUUUGAUGAGCUCAGUGAUCCCAACAGGAAAGAGGGCGGAGGACCUGCGGAUGAUGAAAAGAAGUCUGGCACAUGCAUAAUCCUGUGAGCAGCCAAAAGUGUGACAUCCCAAACACAAACAAUAGUCCAAAAUCUCAGUCAGAUGCACAUUAAUGCUUGAAAAGAAGAAUGUUUAACGCAAGAAGUGGGAAUGACCAUUUUUGUUGAUGAUAUGUUGAGCAUCUUGUGAGGAUGCUUGUAGUUUACAGCUUCGGAGGAACAGUUCAGUAACAUUUGGAGGACAAGAUGAUGUCUUUGAACACCAUCUCUCUGGUUCACAUUUUCUCUUGCAGUUUUAUUAAUGUAAUCAAUUAUGUAGGCUUGUUGUCAUGCCAGAAAUGUAUUAGUUUACACAGAAACUGUCAAAAAAACAUAACUCGUCUAAGAGAUGGCUGCAGUAAAUUAAAGUCAAAAGUAAACUCAGGUGAAAUAAUUUGAUUUGAGUUAUUGACCCUGAAACAGUUCUUCUGUCUUUUAGUGGAUUUUGUAGCAUGCUAAUAUUGAUGGGCUUACAUAAGGGCUCACUGUUUCUUUAUUGAAAAGUGCUUUUAAACCAUAUGUGGAAGACAGUUUUAGUUUAAAAUGUGACAUAUGUUGACUUUCGACCUCAGAAUUUACACCCAGAUGGUUCCCUAUUAAUUUUAGUUUUAUAAAAACUAAACUAAGAAGCUUGUUGUAUGUAUUGUACAUAAAGAAAUGUAUUCCAUAUCUAUGCACAGAGACAAUGAGAAAGAGGAAUGACAGCUUUAAAAUGUAGGUUUUAGGUAAUAAAUGAAGACUACUGAGCACUUCUUCUCUGAGUCCUCUACUGUUGGUGCUAUGAGCCUCUGUUUAAUAGUGAGCUGUGGAGACUCCAUAGCCCUGGGACAGACAAGUGCAGGAACAGCAGGUAAAUGCUGUAUACGAAGGGGAAACAUUUAGGGGAGUUGGGCAAUAAAUACAUGUACAAGAAAUGUGCAGAUUGCCCCGUUUAAGCCCUAAAACUUGUUGUAAUUUAGGGCUUUUUUUUAGUUUGAGGUAAGUGUAAAUAACUCAAACUAGCCAGAUCCUAAAAACAGUAGAGACCUGGGUUAGUUAAAAAUGUUAUUCUUGUCUCAGGGUAAUCAUUUGCUAAAAAGCUUUUAAAAUUCCAGAUCUUGUGCAGUUUUUACAGUUAAUGUAACAAUGUGAUAUAAUAUAUAUAUGUAAAUGUAAAUAUAACAUGAGAAAAAGUGCUACAUGAUAUAGGAAUGGCAGAUGUAAAGCAGAAUUUCCUUGAAUAUUCAAUCAUUUGAAUCAAUUAAAAGAAUUUCUUUUAAAA